GUUGGCUCAUUUCAUUUUUCCAAAAUGUUAAAAUAUGGAAACUAGUCAAGUUCCUGAAAGUAGUGAAACUACCUCUAAUUCCUCUGGUGACUCAACAACGCGAAGAUCAUGGUUCCGUCAACGGUAUUUAGUGACUUUUAUGAUUACAUUGAUGACAAUGAAUUUAUUUACAAACCGCAAUCUUAUCAGCGAGACUUCGGAUUAUUUCGCUGUGAUAACACACAAAACUAAUGACACUAAAUUCUUAAAUCAUUGUGUGGAACUGCACCAAAACGCUGUGAAAAAAUCACCAAAUAAUUUCACCAAAAUCCUCACAAUUAAGAGUGAAACAAUCAAGAGCUUCCAAGGCAUAUUCUUCAUCUGCUACUUGAUUGCCCACUUUCCAGCAGGGAUUUACGCAGAUAGUCGCAACCCAAAACACUUGAUUUCAUUUACGACAGUCGCAAGUUCGCUUAUCAAUUUUUCAAGUCCGUCGCUUAUCAAAGUGACAAAAGGCAAUGUAAAUGUGAUGAGAUUUGUGAUUGGGCUUUUGGGCGCAAUUCAGGGGAUUUUUUUCCCCGCGUCGUCGAAUAUGAUAGCCCAUUGGGCCCCAAUGCGGGAGCGAGCUGCCCUAACAUCGAUAACAGUCGCUGGGUUGUUUCUUGGGAUUUGUGUAAGCAAAAUUGGGCCUAACUUAAUUGUGGAAUCAUCGGGAGAUUGGGCAACGCCGUUUUAUGUUUUCGGGGCUAUUGGGAUUAUUUUGACCCUGGUUUGGGAGCUCUGGGUGUUCCCGGAUCCUCACAAGGAUCCAAGGAUUACACCGGAAGAGAAACAGUACUUGGAUCAGGAGAUGCAGGGAAUUGUCGACCACAGACGCAAGAGCGUCCCUUACCUCGCAAUUUUGACUUCUUUCCAAAACUGGAUCAUGGUUUUUGCCAAUAUUGCAAUGCGUUUAAUCUGGAAUUUUAUUGCAAUGACGAUUCCGGACUACAUGCAAGACAUUCUCAAGUACAACAACGACCAAACUGACUUAAUGUCGUCACUUCCGUUUCUACCAAUGACAGUGACUAUGAUCAUUUUGGGUUAUUUCUCCGAUUGGAUCACUCGAAACGGUCACGUAAAUCACUUAACAAUGAGAAAGUUGUUUUCAAGUCUUGGCUUGAUGGGACCACCGAUUUACAUGUUAACCGGAUCGUAUGCCGGUUGUAACCGAUUUGCUGCGAAUAUUAUGUUUAUAAUCUCAAUAUCUCUCAUGGCUUUUUCCUUCCUGGGUCUCUAUUUACUACCAAUGGAUUUGUCGCCUAAUUAUACCGGGUUUUUGACGAGUCUCUCUAAUGGUUUAGGAAGCAUUGCUGGUAUUUUUAUCAAGCAUAUUACAGCAUGGGUGGUUCCUGAUAAAACGAUUCUUCAAUACAGACAACUGUUUUGGUUAGCGUUGUUAACAGCUGUGGUUUCAAAUACGGUGUAUUAUUAUAAGAAAUAA